CCAAGGACUUGGAAGAAGUGAGAGGCAGAGUUAAUGAAGUGAGAAGAAAAGCAAAAGGUUAUUCAUCUCCCAGAACAAGCAAUACCCAAACUGAAGGAAAAUACAUUGCACAAAAUAUUAAGAAAACUCCUUUUUUAAAAAAAAAUUCUUUGGAGAAGCUGGUUUCCUUUGGCUAGCAGGAGAAAGUGGAGAAAAUGAAGCCAAGCCUGCGAUUUUUCUUAGCUGGUUUUCUGUUGUGGAUUCUGCAGACAGGGCUGUGCUAUGGGAUAAAAUGGAUAGCUCUGUCCAAGACUCCUUUGGUUUUGGCCCUGAAUCAAACCCAGCACUGCAAGCAGCUUGAAGGCCUGGUGGUUUCUCAGGUGCAGCUGUGCCGCAGCAACCUGGAGCUAAUGCAGACCAUUAUUCAGGCAGCACGAGAAGUGAUAAAAACCUGCCGUAAAACUUUUUCAGACAUGCGGUGGAACUGCUCUUCAAUAGAGCUGGCUCCUAACUACUUGCUGGACUUAGAGAGAGGCACAAGGGAGUCAGCAUUUGUGUAUGCCCUGUCUGCUGCUGCCAUCAGCCACACCAUUGCCAGAGCCUGCACCACCGGGGACCUCCCUGGCUGUUCCUGCGGUCCCAUCCCAGGUGAGACACCUGGACCUGGGUAUCGAUGGGGAGGAUGUGCAGACAACCUCAACUAUGGUCUUAUCAUGGGGUCCAAAUUUUCAGAUGCUCCCAUGAAGAUGAAAAAAUCAGGAUCACAAGCCAAUAAACUGAUGCAUCUGCACAACAGUGAAGUAGGGAGACAGGUCUUGAAAGCCUCUCUUGAAAUGAAAUGUAAGUGCCAUGGAGUUUCUGGGUCAUGCUCUAUCAAGACCUGUUGGAAAGGCCUUCAAGAACUGCAAGACAUUGCACUGGACCUCAAAACCAAAUAUUUAUCUGCCACUAAGGUUGUUCACCGGCCCAUGGGCACACGCAAAUACCUCGUGCCAAAGGAUAUUGAUAUCAGACCAGUUAAGGAGACAGAGCUGAUUUAUCUGCAGAGCUCACCCGAUUUCUGCAUGAAGAAUGAAAAAGUGGGGUCACAUGGGACCCAGGACAGACAAUGCAACAAGACUUCCAAUGGGAGUGACAGCUGCGACUUGAUGUGCUGUGGCAGAGGCUACAACCCCUACAUGGACAAAGUGGUGGAGCGUUGCCACUGCAAAUAUCACUGGUGCUGCUACGUGACCUGUAAAAAGUGUGAGAGGACUGUUGAGAGAUAUGUGUGCAAAUGAAAACCCUCCUCUGCCCACCUGGGAGCUGAGACAGCAGCGGCACCCCAGCACUAUUCAGAGAAAACAUUUCCUUGACUAGACAUCAUUUAUCUUUUAAAGACACAGACUUGAGGAGAGAUGGUAGGAGAAAAAGCAACAACCAUACCAGUAAAAAAUAAGAAUGUAAAA